AUGUCAUCUUCAGAUAACAGGAUAGACACAGAAGACGCACUCCAAGAUGAAGACGAGACAGAUUACGACUACAACGACGUUUUCGGGGAGGUCGGUCAGGAUAUUCGACAGGGUCAUCAAAUGACUGAUAUAUUCGAUAAAGCCGGGAUCGGAACUAGUUUUUAUGAGCGUUUUGUGGGUGCAUUAGAGGACAUUCGAUAUUUGAUGUGUUUUUCUUCUCCUAUUAUCGCUCAGUAUUUUACAGAUGUAACGGAGUGUAUGAUAAAGCGCAAGGUGCGCCAAUUUAUGAAGCUGCUCAUUGCCUAUUGGUGUGUUAUUCUCACAAAGUCUCUGAGACAACCGGAACCGUCUUUGACCACAUUUAAAUUCUCUGCAGUUAUGAUGGUUGUAUUUGUUUUAUUUUACAUAUAUACGUUCCGUCGAUUAAGUCGAAGUGAAUACAAGUUUAUCUCUCUGAUUCUGACAGUCGGAAGUCUCUCAUACACCCUUUAUGAGUCAUGCCGACAGGAAUCCGCACUUGACGGUACUUUCACAUAUCCAUUUUCUCUAGUCAUUUCGAUCAUUGUUUUUCUGCCGCUAGAUGUGAAUUUAAUUGUUCCAAUAUUAGUAAUAUUUUGUGUCAUUUUUGUUAAAACAUCAGCACGAAAAAUGACCUAUUCACAAUUCAAAAGGGAACACUAUAUGUCCAGUGUUCAGCCUCUUUACUCCCAAGUGUACUCCUACCAGUACAGCAUAAUUGAGGAUGGAACAAAAACAUGGGCAAUGUACACGGAGGAAUACUGCAUUAUUCAAGUUGUCAGUUGGAUUACAGUUAUAUUUGUGGGCUGCUACUUGAGAUUUUGGAAUGAGCUUCGUCGCCGGUCUGCGUUCUCCAUUAUCGGUAAAUCAGUAAGGGCAAGGAAUCAAAUUAAAACCUCCUUGGAAAACCAAAGCGAGUGGAUUACGGCCAUCAUGCCCCUUCAAGUCCGCGAUCAGUACAUUUCAAUGUUGAGAGACAAUAGUAAGGUAGAUAAAAUUUGGUCAUUUGAUGAGGUCAGCAUCCUAUUUGCCGACAUAGUUGGUUUCACAAAGAUGAGUUCAUCCAAGACGGCAACCCAGAUUGUUAUGCUAUUGAACGAUUUGUACAACAGGUUUGAUGACCUGUCUAUUCAAGUGAAUUGUGAAAAAAUAGGUACACUUGGUGACUGCUACUAUGCAGUCGCUGGAUGCCCUGUUGAACGUGCAGAUCAUGCCAUGUGUUGUGUCGAAUUCGGUCUGGGUAUGUGUCGCAUCAUCAAGGUGUUUAACAAAGACAAUGGCGAGGAAGUGAACAUGCGCGUUGGUGUGCACACAGGGAGGGUAAAUGCAGCCAUAAUAGGCAAAAGCCGAUUUCGAUACGAUGUUUACUCAACAGAUGUCAUCAUUGCCAACGAAAUGGAGACUUUUGGUUUACCAGGACGUGUGCAUAUCUCGCAUACAACGUACAAACUAGUAAAACACUUUUAUCGCUUUGCAAAAGGACCUCCUGUUCCUGUUAUCAAGGAACAGCAGAUAGGAAUGGGUGGACUUGAGCAGGUUGAAGUUGAACUCAAAACGUACUUUGUAGAUCCACUUUCUUCUCUACUUAGGAAACGUGGCGAAAGUUAUGGACAAUCAGGAAUGCCUAGUAGAAUCUUGACACUUGAGAAUGAAAGCGAGCCUGUUGAUCCCGAAAUUUCUGAGGACGAAGUCGAUGAUAAUGAAAGGCAGUAUACACAAGUUGGAGAUGAGAAAAUCUUGAUCCCUACUUAUGUAAAUCACUUCUCGGAAGCAAAUGAAGCGGAAAAUAAAAGGUUAAUUGCCUUGCGAGAUAUUCGUCUUGUGCAGGCGUUACAUGAAGAUCCCAAACACCAAGUGAAGCUCUUUCGAUUCGUCCCUCUAACUUCUUUUUUGCAGCACUUUCAAGAUAAAUCUAUCGAAAAUGCCUUCGAAGACUACAUGCAUGGCUUCGUUCCGGUGGUCACAGUUGAGUCACCUCGUUUGGCUCCCCUCGUCGAUGCGGUGUCAAUUUCCCUGACCACUAUGGCCCUUCUGGUCCCGCAUUUGGUUCAUUUAACCACUGAAUCAAAAUCGUACUUUUCCAAGGAGAUUGUAACCUGUCUAACUGUACUCAUUUUUUCAUUCCUGGUUACCUUAACCUUCAUAUAUGGUUCCUCAAAACAUGCUGCUAAUGUUACGUUGGAACGCACUACACAUUUUAGGCCAUUUUCAAGUUUCGCCUUUCGGGAGGCAGUCCUCGCUUUAUUGACCUUGGUCCCGACAAUUGUUUUUGUUAGCCAAGAGGAUCCGGAGUCAAUUGAAAGAAGUAAGGAGGCAUCAAAACGCACCCUGUAUUUUGAAUUUGGCAUGCUCUCAAUUCUUAUGCAUUGUAUGGCUACAUCAAGUUUCUCUUGGGUUCGUGGGAUUUGUAUUAGUUUGAGUAGUAUCGGCGUCUGUUCGAUCUUCCUAAAAAACCGAAGUGACUUUGAUUUCACGUACUGCGAGCCAAUGCUGUGGUACAUGUGGCUUAACAUUCCCAUAGAGGGUGUGAACGAACGAAUGGCUUCCCUCUUUACACUGACAGCGGUUGUGUACUUUAUCACCACGGAAAACGAGAGAAAUCUCAGAUUGUGGUACUAUGUGCUUCAGGAGGCAGAUUCAGCUUGUCAGACAGCUGUGAAGGAGAGUGAAUCAGCUCAACAGAUGCUCGACAAUGUUAUUCCUCGUUAUAUCUUUACACAGUUGGCCAUGAGAGGCCAUCGUAAAUUGAAGGCUGGAACGUUCUGCUUUGCAACCUCCGUCCCCGAUGUUGCCGUCACGUUUGCUACCUUGACUAAUUUCUUCAAAAGCUACUACCGUGAAGACUACCAUGGGGGUGAGAGGGCACUUGGCCUCUUGAACACGAUUAUAUGUGCCUUCGAUAAUUUGCUGAAACAGCCUGAGUUUGCAUGCGUCGAGAAAAUCAAAACUGUCAAUGAUUGCUACAUGGUUGCAGCAGGGUUAAAUCAGCUUCAGCGUGAGGCCCAGAUACCAAAGGAAAAGCAUAUUUACGAGCUGAUUGAGUAUGACUUUGCACUAUGCAAGGCUUUGAAUGAAAUUAACGAAAAGUAUAUAAUAGGCACUGACAAGUUUCAAAUAAAGAUCGGCUACUAUAUCGGCGAUGUGACAGCAGGAAUUAUAGGCUCUCGUAAACCAAUCUAUGAUAUUUGGGGCAAUACAGUUAACGUAGCCAGUCGAAUGUAUUCGACAGGAGCAGCAGGACAAAUCCAAACUGUAAAGGAAGUUACUGAACGCCUGGGUAGUCGUUAUAGUUACGUAUACAGAGGGAACGUGUUCGUCAAAGGUAAAGGAGACAUGUUAACUUAUUUUGUGCAUCCCAAGGGAUCGCUUUCGCCCUUACAAGAAUAA